UGCAACUAAUACGUUGGGCUGGUCUCGCUCGUUGUAGUCAUUCAAUUGGCCCUACACAACAUGAAAACGAGGGUAUAGCAGUGUGUUAUCUAUCGAUAUGCCACGUGAUCACAAUAGCGUAUAAAUCGUGUUGUGUUAUUAGAAUUCAGAUGUUCGGCGUCCCUUCUCGCCAACUGUACCGUGGUAUCUGUAGUCACUAGAAGAUGAACGCGCUGCUUCCAGUCCUCGUUGCUCUGACAUCGCUAUGGGGAACGGGGCUCCACUCAUUGGAUACACGCGACGCUGGGAUAUGCAAAUCUGGGGCAGAACUACGCAAAGAUUGCAGGAUGUCUCUCAUCAAAAGCCGAUGCAAGGUGAUCAAGGAGCUGUGGUGGUGCAAGCGCAGAGAUUUCAACUGUGGGAACACGCCGGCGUUAGAUCUUGUUGCCUUAAGAAGGGACAUUGAAAACAAGAGGUCAUGUUGCUGCAAAUUUAAAUGGUUUGAUAAAUUUGAAAUACGGAUCCAGAAAAGCAUUGAAAAUCUGGAGAUAUGUCGAGAUGGUCCGACAACUAAACCCACACCUGCUGAGGUUCCAUCUUCAACAACGCCUACCACAACAACAUCAACAACAUCAUCAGCUCCUGCAACAACACUAACAACAUCAGCGACUACGAUAUCAACAGCUAGUACGACUACAUCAACAUCAGCUACAACAACACCAACAUCAGCUACUACGACAACACCAACAACAUCAGCUACUACAACAACACCAGCGACAACUACACCUACAACAUCUACUACGACAACACCAACAACAUCAGCUACUACGACUACACCAACAACAUCAACUACAACACCAACACCAGCGACUACUACACCUACAACAUCUACUUCGACAACACCAACAACAUCAGCUACUACGACUACACCAACAUCAGCUACUACAACACCAGCGACUACUACACCUACAACAUCUACUACGACAACAUCAACAUCAGCUACUACGACUACACCAACAACAUCAACUACGACGAGAACAUCAACAUCAGCUACUACCACAACACCAACAACAUCAGCUACCACGACUACACCACCAACAUCUGCUUCAACUACGACACCAAAAGCACAACUAUUGUGUGGAGCCAUAGGAGGAUCAUGUCUGUUUACCGUCGAGGAUGACUGCAUCGAUUUUGGAGGACAAGUGGAUCAAGGACGGGUGUGCCUAGGCGCUAAUGUUUGCUGUGUAUUUUAGGCACAGAGGUAUUAUCACUGCAUCUUUUCUGGCGACGAAAAGGUCACGGGGCCUUCGUCAUCUAGAUUACGUAAUUUUUGGUGUCUAAAUGUAUGUUCAAACGGUCGACCUGGCAAAGCAAUUCAUAAAAAUAAAGUCAAUUUUAACAUUUUAA